GCAAUUACAUACGUUGCUAUUAUAUCAUUUAAAAUGUAUUUGAUUUUUCAAUAUUUUUUAUUUAGCAUUCAUAACUAUUUUUUAAAAUUGUCUAUUUGUUUUGUUCUUUUAGAUUUGUCCAAACUCAAGUUGGAUCCCGUUAUUGAUGCUUAGAGAUGUGAAGACAUUGAGAUCUUGAUUUUGGUAAUCCGAUUGAUGGUGAUGGGUGACAUCCAGUUCUACGGAAUUGAGCCGCGAAGUCAUGGGAGCAUUUUCAGUUUAUUAUUAUUUUGAACUUUUUAAAGCUCUCAUUGAGUCCAUGAACGAUGUUAAUGUUGUCCCACGUGAAUGCCGAAUUUUACAACCUGUUGAUUUUCUAAUGGGCAGGACCCAACGGUGGUUCCACAAGCGUAGGGAAUUGGCGAACUCAACGUCAUCAACGUUAACAAAGUUCUACGAGUCGGAGCUUAAUGAACUACAUUCCGCUACAGCUGUUAUGGAAAUAAGGCCAGCUUGUGCUUUCGAGUUCCUUGUCCUUGACAAAAAUGGGCGUUCGUUUGUGGUGAACUUUCAAAACAAGACGUGCACUUGCUACGAAUUCCAGCUGCACCAUUUUGUGUGUGUUCAUGCAGUGGCUGCCACUCGUUGUCGAGGCGGUUUGUCUUGCUAUGAUUACGUUUCAACCUUUUACACCACCACUGCAUGGAGAGCUACAUAUUUAGGAAUCAUACACCCCAUCCCAUCUAAAGAAUCUUGCGUUGUUUCCGAUGAGGUCGCACAGGUUGUCUGCCACCCACCAUCAUGUGACAAACGUCCCCCUAGGAAGGCCCAAGAAGCGUAGGAUCCCGUCCAAAGGUGAACAUGCUAAGCGCCAAACUUGCUCACGAUGCAAAUCUACAGGCCACAAUAGGAAGACGUGCACUAAUCCCAUUACUUUAACUAGGGCAUGACUCCAUAUUAAGACAUUACCAAGAAAUUUGUUUUUUAAUU